GGGAGGGAGGGCGCGCGCGCCGACCCUGGCGGGCUGCCCGGAGUAGGCAGCCUCGGCGCUCCGCAGGCUCCGUCCGCCCGUGGAGGGUCCAGCCCCCUUCGCUGGUCCCCGCACACAGCGGACCCGGGGCAGGGUGUCCAGAGACGGCUGCUCUCGGAGGCUCUGCCCCCUCCCGCCGCCCUUGAAUCCCGGCUGCUCUGGUCAGGGCUCGGGAGGCUUGUCUGCAGAAUGAGCCGGGGGCGGGGGCGGGGCGGGGGCGCCACUCCAGAGGGUCGAGUGAGGUCAGUUCUGCUGGUGGGUCUAGGGGUCCCUUUCAGAGCCUUGGGACAGCACUGACCAGUUUCACUUCGUGUACUUCUUGUGUGCCCAAUCCGUGCUGAGGAAACGGGACUCCCACGGGGGUGCGGGAAGGGUGGCCAGCGAUGGACAGAGGAGGGCAGAGGAAGCCUGGUUCUUAAUGAGAGUCGCAGGCAGAGGGGGGCCUGGCUCUUAUGGGGGUGCUUGGGCAGAGGGGAGUGUGCGGCUGGGGAGGGCUAGUGGCAGAGGAAGCUGUACAGGUCCAACCCUGGGCACCAGGUGCAUCUUCCCGCUUUGUGCCGGGAGCAGGUGCUUUUUGCAGGAGUCUUCUUGACUCCAGGGAGGCUCCCUGGACACAGAAGGAGCAGACUGGGGUGGAGCCCAGGUGACAGAGGCGGUCCUGGAGAGCUGGUCCUUGAUUGAAGCCAGCCCGGAGGCAGAGCGUGCACGUCCGCGGCAGGCCCGGCCCACUGCCCCCAUGGAGGGUGCAGUGCAGCUGCUGAGCCGCGAGGGCCACACUGUGUCCCACAACUCCAAGCGGCACUACCACGAUGCCUUCGUGGCCAUGAGCCGCAUGCGGCAGCGCGGCCUUUUGUGUGACAUCGUCCUGCACGUGGCUGCCAAGGAGAUCCGGGCGCAUAAGGUGGUGCUGGCCUCCUGCAGCCCCUAUUUCCACGCCAUGUUCACAAAUGAGAUGAGUGAGAGCCGCCAGACGCACGUGACUCUGCAUGACAUCGACCCCCAGGCCUUGGACCAGCUGGUGCAGUUUGCAUACACGGCUGAGAUCGUGGUGGGCGAAGGCAACGUGCAGACUCUGCUCCCGGCUGCCAGCCUCUUGCAGCUGAAUGGCGUCCGUGAUGCCUGCUGCAAGUUCCUGCUCAGUCAGCUCGAUCCCUCCAACUGCCUGGGCAUCCGGGGCUUCGCCGACACACACUCGUGCAGCGACCUACUCAAGGCGGCACACAGGUACGUGCUGCAGCACUUCGUGGACGUGGCCAAGACCGAGGAGUUCAUGCUGUUGCCGCUGAAGCAGGUGCUGGAACUGGUCUCCAGUGACAGCCUGAACGUGCCUUCGGAGGAGGAUGUCUACCGUGCCGUCCUGAGCUGGGUCAAGCAUGACGUGGAUGCUCGGAGGCAGCAUGUCCCUCGGCUGAUGAAGUGUGUGCGCCUGCCCCUGCUGAGCCGGGACUUCCUACUGGGCCACGUGGAUGCCGAGAGCCUGGUGAGGCACCACCCUGACUGCAAGGACCUGCUCAUCGAGGCCCUCAAGUUCCACCUGCUGCCCGAACAGAGGGGCGUCCUGGGCACGAGUCGCACGCGGCCCCGGCGCUGCGAGGGUGCUGGCCCCGUGCUCUUUGCUGUGGGUGGUGGGAGCCUAUUUGCCAUCCAUGGGGACUGUGAAGCAUAUGACACACGCACUGACCGCUGGCACGUGGUGGCUUCCAUGUCCACGCGCCGGGCCCGAGUGGGCGUGGCAGCAGUUGGGAACAGGCUGUAUGCUGUGGGCGGUUACGAUGGGACUUCAGACCUGGCCACUGUAGAGUCGUACGACCCUGUGACCAACACCUGGCAGCCAGAGGUGUGCAUGGGCACAAGGCGCAGCUGCCUGGGUGUGGCUGCCCUGCACGGGCUCCUGUAUGCAGCUGGCGGCUACGAUGGGGCCUCCUGCCUCAACAGUGCCGAGCGCUAUGACCCCCUGACGGGAACAUGGACAUCCAUCGCCGCCAUGAGCACCCGGAGACGAUACGUGCGUGUAGCCAUGCUCGAUGGGAACCUGUACGCCGUAGGUGGUUACGACAGCUCAUCACACCUGGCCUCCGUGGAGAAGUACGAGCCCCAGGUGAACACGUGGACACCUGUGGCCUCCAUGCUGAGCCGGCGCAGCUCCGCGGGUGUGGCAGUGCUGGAGGGGGCCCUCUAUGUGGCUGGCGGCAAUGAUGGCACCAGCUGUCUCAACUCGGUGGAGAGAUAUAGCCCCAAGGCUGGUGCCUGGGAGAGUGUGGCACCCAUGAACAUCCGAAGGAGCACGCAUGACCUGGUGGCCAUGGACGGCUGGUUGUACGCCGUGGGGGGCAACGACGGUAGCUCCAGCCUCAACUCCAUUGAGAAGUACAACCCGAGGACCAACAAGUGGGUGGCUGCCGCCUGCAUGUUCACGCGGCGCAGCAGCGUGGGUGUGGCGGUGCUUGAGCUGCUCAACUUCCCGCCGCCUUCUUCGCCCACGCUGUCCGUGUCGUCCACCAGCCUCUGACCUACGGCAGGGACUGCACAGAGGCCGACCCCGCGGCCUUCCACAUGCCUUAAGCCCCAAGGGGUGGCCCCACCUGGGGCGUCCUGCACCGUCUGUCCACGUCUUUGUCUGUUGAGGCCACCCGUUUGUGUUCAUUCCUCAGCGUUAGUUUCUCUGUGUGCCGUUUAUUUAUUUAUUCGUUUAUUUAUUCAUUAUUUAUUGGUGGAUGAGCAGCGCUGCAGCUCCCAGUUUAUACGUUUAGUCGAAGUGUCUGUGUCUCUGGGAGCAAGUUGCCCUUCAGGGUGUCCUACCAUCCGCUGGGGGCUCCAGGGAGCAAUGGGGGUGGACAUUUGGGCCAACUCUGCCUCUGCAGGUCUGGGGGAUCACGGGUCAGAUGCAGAGCAGCCAGGGUUAGUGGGGGGGGCUUUCUAAUCAGAUACAGACCCCCCAGCCUGUACUUUGCACACCGCCUUUUCCUCCCCCAGCCAGGCACGCUCCCAGGGAGGGCACAAAUUGGGCUUCCUUCCUGUGGGGUAGUGUCUUUUCUGGAUCCUGCACUGAGCUGGGCACACGUGUGCCACAGACCACACACAGCAAUAUGAGUCGACUUGAACAAUAAACACGUUUCUUGGGCUCUGUGGGCCUGAGGCUGAGCAUCCA